CAGCCAAUCAAAUUCAAACAUUUAAUAAACGCAUGGUACUUGAACUAGUAGCAAAAAUUUAGCUACUGUUUUUUAGCUGCUGUUGUCUUAAAAUUUAGGUUUUUAAGGUACGAUGGUGUAUUACUUCACGCAUAAAGAAGAUAUAUGGAUGUUCUUUCUUGUAUGUUAACAAAAUGACAGAACCAACUCCAACAAUAGAAAAAUCGAAGAAGAUUACUGCCAUAAAUAAACAAACAAUUCAUAAAAUUUGUUCUGGUCAGGUGGUGUUUGAUCUGGCAGGUGCAAUAAAAGAACUGGUAGAAAAUAGUUUAGAUAGUGGUGCUACAUUAAUUGAUAUUAAAUUAAAAGAUUAUGGGAAAACAUGUAUCAGUAUUAGUGAUAAUGGAAGCGGUGUUUUAGAGGAAGAUUUUGCAGGAUUGGGCCUGAAACAUCAUACAUCCAAACUGAAAGAAUUCUCAGAUCUGACUGAAGUAGAUACCUUUGGGUUUCGUGGAGAAGCUCUUAGUUCACUCUGCUCUUUAGCUGAAUUAACUAUCAUUACAAGACAUUCCACAAGCGAGCAUGGUUUUAAAUUAGAAUUUGAUCACAAUGGUAUACUGCAAAAGAAAGAAGCAUGUGCAAGAGAAGUAGGUACAACUGUACAUGUUAAAAAUAUAUUUAAGUGUCUUCCAGUAAGAGCAAAAGAAUUUACAAGAAACCUAAAAAAGGAAUAUGCUCGUGCUAUCCAAGUCCUAUAUAAUUAUUGCAUAGUUUCUACUGAUACAAAAAUAACAUGUUCCAAUUCGGUAUCAGGAAAAUCUAAUGUUGUAGUUACUACUACAAACUCCAGCAGUAUUUUAAAUAAUAUUAAUAUAGUGUUUGGCAAGAAAGCUUCAAAAGGUCUUCUUAAACUUGAUUUACUACCUCCUGAUGAAGCAACAUUACAAGAGUACAAUUUACGAAAUGAUGUAGCUAUAGAUUUUGAAUGGGAUUGCUACGUUAGCAGUUGCGAUCAUACUGUCGGACGAUCAACACCCGACAGACAAUUUUUUUAUGUAAACGGUCGACCAUGUGAUCCUGCGAAAGUAAAUAAAUUAAUAAAUCACAUUUAUCACAAAUAUAACAAUAAACAAUAUCCAUUUAUUUUUUUAAAUUUAAAACUUAAUAAACAGUCGACCGAUAUUAACGUAACUCCGGAUAAAAGAACUAUUUUUUGUACACAAGAGAAUUUAAUAUUAGCAGCUCUGAAAUUCAGUUUAAUAAGUAAAUGGGAUAAGUUACAAGGAAACUUGAAUGUGAAACCUAUAUCUGAAUUAAAUUUUGGAACGAAGAGAGCAAUUUCACCGGCGAACACAAAUCCCCCAGCAAAAAGAUUUCAGAAUUUACAAACAUCAUCAAAUACAGAACAUUUAGAUGAAAAUAGUGUACAGUAUGAUAAUAAAAAUAAAAUUAUUGAAUAUGAUAACUACAAUGUACAAAAUGAUAUAUCGAAUCAAACAAAAAUAUUGGAUAAUGCUGAAAUGUCAAUUAGUAUGUUAACAAUAAAACAAAAGCUUCAAGAAAAAGAGAACAAUUUAUCGAAGCUUGUUACCACGAGUACAAGAAUUAAAUAUAAGGCUCAAUUGGAAAGUGCUAAAAAUUCUGUCGCCGAAGAUGAACUGAAAAGGGAACUAACGAAGGAAUCUUUUCUUAAGAUGGAAAUUAUAGGACAAUUUAAUCUUGGUUUUAUAAUAGCCCGUUUGGAGAAAGAUCUAUUUAUUAUUGAUCAACAUGCUACUGAUGAAAAGUAUCGCUUCGAAAAACUUAAUAACGAGACGCAACUAAAAACUCAGAAAUUAAUCGUUCCCAAAGCAUUAAAUUUGUCUUCUUUAAAUGAAACAAUAUUAAUUGAACACCAGAAAACGUUUGAAGACAAUGGCUUCUUUUUUAAAAUUAAUCACGAAGGUAAAAUAGUUAAUUCAGUCUUUUUUUUAAUUAAUAUUGCUACGAAAACAUAUUUGUACAUUUUAGCCGAAUCAGGACAGCGUGUAGAACUCACAGGAAUGCCAGUCAGCGGAUAUUGGCAAUUUGGACAAGAAGAUAUAGAAGAACUGAUUUUUCUUAUUAGAGAAGGUGGUGUGGAACAUAAAGAAAAUCGUAUAUACCGUCCGAGUCGUGUGAGACAAAUGUUAGCAUCAAGAGCUUGUCGUAGUGCAGUUAUGAUUGGUACAGCUCUUAAUAAUAACGAAAUGCAAAAAUUAGUUACACAAAUGGCGCAAAUGGAAAACCCUUGGAGUUGCCCUCAUGGUAGACCAACGAUAAGACAUCUAUUAUCAUUACAUCUUGUGCAUAAAUAAACUAUAUUUCUGAAGUUUGAAUUUAAAAAAUUUAGAAUCAUUAUUCUAGAAUUCUAGUUACACCGAUGUUUAGGGUAUUAUUUUGAUUGCAAAUAACUUUUAAA